GGCGGCGGCGGCUCUCAAAAAACACCUCAAGUCGGCAUGUUCGCAGCGAAAAACGCGCGUUUCGUGGCUCAGAGAAGCGCUGCCUGCACACCGAGAGCGCGGAGAUGAGUGUCCGGGCGCUCUGGGUCUUCAGCCACGAGAGAGGGGACGGUGGCGGCGGUGGCGGCGGCGGCGGCGCCGGCGGCACUGUGUGUUUCUCCAGGAGGUUCCCCACGGUGGAGCGCCGCGCCAAGGCGUUAGCGGGAGCGCUGUACGUGGCUGUUCCGGAGGACGGCGCUGUGCUGCAGCCUCUGCUCACCGAGCUGGGCCUCAGCGAUGGCGACAAAGCCUUCGUGCUGUCCAGGGAUGACUGCGCCCGCCCCCAGCGCUCCCCAGCCUUGGAGCUCCGCGUCCAGGGCCGGGAUCGGGGCGUCCUGUGGCCGGUGCUCGCUCUGGUUCAGGGGGGGCUCAUCCUGGCCUGCCUCGUCCUGGUGGAGGCGCCCCCGGAGCCCCGCCCCCCUCUGCCCAGCUUGGCCUCCGUGUCCCAAGGCCUGUCCCUGCUGGCAGGUCUGCAGGCUUUCCUCUGUGGGACCGGGGCCAAGCCAGAUGGGGAGGCGUUGGCUUCCAAGCUGGCCCUGCUGCCCUCCGUCCUGCUGCAGAUCUGUCCCCUCGGCACCCCCUUGGACGCCCCGCAGGCGGGCUCCGUGGCGGCGCCCGGCCCGUCGGGCUCCCAAAAGCAGCCGGCCUGGAAGCCGGGACCGCACCGAGGACGGGCGGUCGCGAGCGUGUCCCUGAGCGAGACGGUGCGCUCCAUGCAGUACGGAAAGCCCAGCAGGCAGGACCUGUGGGAUGUGUUCGGCACCGUGAACUGUAAGUGUGAAGUGGAGGGGGUCCUUCCCAACGUGAUGGUGACCCUCACCCUGCCACCCAACGGGUCCCCGCUGCAGGACAUUCUGGUCCACCCGUGUGUGACCUCCCUGGACUCCAGCCUCCUGAUGGCCAGCAGCGUGGAUGAUGGCGAUGGCUCCUCCUUCUCUGGCCCUUACAAGUUCCCCUUCUCCCCUCCACUCGAGCCUUUCCGACUCUGCAGCUACACGUCCCAGGUGCCCGUGCCACCCAUCCUGGGCUCCUACCAGCUGAAGGAGGAGGAGAAUCAGCUCCGAGUGACCGCGACCCUUAAACUUCACGAGAGUGUUCGGAACAGCUUUGAGUACUGUGAGGCACACCUGCCCUUUUUCAACAGGGGUCAUGUGAAUAACGUGGAUGUGAAGGUGAGCUGUGGGCAACUGGAGGUGUCCAGAGAGAAGAGCCUGUUAGUCUGGGUGCUGGGUCAGAAGUUUCCCAAGUCUCGAGAGGUCACGUUAAAUGGCACUGUGAAUUUCUCGGAGCUUUCUUCAGGACCACGUGACCCUCUCUGCACAGGGUUAACCGCCUACAUCAAACUGUAUUUCCGGGUACCAGAUCUGACCCUGUCUGGAUGCUGCGUGGAUCAGCACUCGGUGCAAGUUUACUCUUCAGCAAAACCCCGCAUUACUACUUCCCGAGAACUGGUGUCUUCCGAGUACUACAUCUGGAACUCUGCUGGCGAAGCCCCCAUCUCCUCUGCGCUCAUGGUGCUGUAGGGGAACAGCAGCAGUGGCCCAACAGAACUGGGUGGUGCUGGAAGUAGCUCCCCCUGCUGUUGGGAGGACUGAACAACACGGAAAAAGACGGGCCAUCGCAUAACGAGAAUAACUCAUAUGCUCUUCUGACUUUGCUACAUUCUCUACUGGGUUCUAUAUAUGGUACCAUUUAGAAGGAUGUGUUCAUGCCUUGAUAUUAUUCUGGUCAUGAUGGAAAUACCUUUGUUUUUGCUAUUUGGGCAAAUACAGUCUGCCCUUAAUUGUAAUGCAAGGCAGUAUUUUGCAAUACUUAAAUUUGGUGCAGUUCAUUUCUAAUGGUUCUGUUUGGAAAUGACUGCACCAGGGGCUAAUUUUGAUCACUUUUUUUCUUUUUCUUUUUUUUUUUUUUUGCGCUUGUAUGGCUGGAUUCCCUCAGUCCAGAUUCUGGUUUGUGUCCAGUGUGGUCUCAGAAAUUACUAGAGUAAACCGAACGUGUGUGAGGUGUAUAGACCGAGGUACAUUGAAGGUCUGUAUGUCAAUGUGCAGUACUGGUCUGAUCUUUCUCAAAUAAAGGAUUAAAGUUU